UUGUGUGUGUUUGCCUGGAUGCUCUGUCACGCCGCCAUCUUCUACUUUCUGAUCAUAAAGGCUGAACUGAGAGCAAAACUCCAGCCACAGAUGAAAUGGUUUUACGCUUUAGGGUGGGGUUUCCCUCUGCCAAUAGUGGCUGCUUCAUUAACAGUAACACUAACUGGUACCAAACCUCGUGCAGCGGACAACUGCUGGCUAACAGUAGAACAUGGGAUCAUUUACUGGACGUUUGUCGCUCCAGUCGCAUUAGUUGUCCUUGUAAGUAUACUCCGAUAUCACGCCUGACACAUGGGUUCGAAUCGCGUUCAAGCCUAUAUUUAUGUUUUUUCGGGCUUUAUUUUCACAACUGCUACUGUUUAAAUUGUGUACAUAGCCACGAUGAUCAUCAUGCUUUACUACUUUUCUCUUCUUUCCAGAUCAACUCUGUUUUGUUUAUUUUCUUGCUGCGUCGCAUCGGCAGAGUUACAAAAUUCAGAGAAGUCAACAUGGUACGGGCUAAUCAGGUGAGGGCCUGGAUCAGACGCUCUGCAAUGCUCUUGCCAGUGUUGGGUAUCACGUGGUCUUUUGGCUUCCUCACGUUCGUUUCAUCCACUGAAGUGUUUCAUUACCUUUUUACCAUCUUAAACAGCUUACAAGGAUUUUUUAUAUUCCUCACCUUUUGCAUUCUCGACGAUAGGGUAAAGGAAGCUCUAAUAACUACGUUGUGUAAGCGGAAUGCUACGUCUCUCAAGGAACAAGCAGAACUUACGGAAAGACAUGCGCAUCGAAGACACACUGCACCAACAGUUGCUACUGCAAUAAAGACUGAUGGAAAGCAAAAUCAAGGAUUCCUCGACCUAACUGAACGGAAGAUGAAGCCAAAAUUUCAAACGUGGAUGUUGGUCGAAUGACUUCAAAAGAAUUCGAAGAAGGCCUAUGCAAGUUCUAUAGUGUCUUGAUGAUACUUUGAGUUUACCAAAGGUCGACAGUUUUUGCGUACGUGUCGGCCAUAAUUCAUCGCAGUUUCAAACUCGUUUCCAAGCUCUUAGCUUGCAACAUCCAAAUCCAGAGAUGAGGAUUUCUUUCGUCCUCGAAUAGCAGUCGCUUAAGACGAGCCGCUAAAUUUGAACACGACACAGAGAAGACCCAGAGACAGGGAUUAAACUUCUUCAAUUUGAUAACUUAAAUUCCAGAAAUGUUUUCCUUUCUAUGAUUAAUUCUUGGUUGCCUUUGUAUGUUUUCAAAGCUACAUUGGUGAUUUUAUCGAGGAUGCAGACUGCGGAUAGUGUCAACUACUUGAGUUAAACGCUCUCUAAAAUGUCGUAAUAGAAAACUGUUUUGAAGCAAGCGCGAAAAUUUGUUAAGUAUUGAUCUUGUCCUAAUGUCCUCCCCCAUUCUUUUUUCUUUAGUGUUGAAUAUAAACAGAAUGAGAGAGAAUAUGUAUUUAUUACUCACGUUUUUUAAUCGUAAUAAACAAAGAAUGAUUCAAUUCUAUUUUUCUCGCAGUAUUUUCUUAAUGAGACAGAGAACAUUAUCUAAUCGUUCCUUGUGGAGAAAGCUAGUCCCAGGUAAAGUUUGGGACAACCUGUCCGUUUUCCUGUCGAAAAUCAGGAUAAAUACGGCGGGAAAAGGUUUGGAACGAAAUUAGACUGCAAGCAGUCGCUUUCUUGCUCGAAACAAGUUCCGUGGGGAAGAACGCAAAGAAAAACGCUACACAGGUGAGCGGUGCACGCGAGCCACAGGUCACGCCUGCAGUCACGCUCGCACUUAUGAUGACGUCACACCAGCACGAGCGCGCGCACCAGUUUAGUUCAAAAUGGCUGUCGGAAUGUGAAGCUUGUAAAUAACAGCUCCCUUAAGAUGUACUUGGUAACAGAGCUAAAUGGUAUGGUGAAAAGCAAAAUUCCACUGGAGAGACCAGACACAGAAAUUUCCUUUAAGCUAAGGUGAGAGAACUAAAAGAUAACGUUUGUACUAGUACCACGGUACAAAGUUUACGCAACAAAUAGGAGCCGUACAGAACUUUUAACCCGUCUCUUCCGCGCGCUCAGGACUUUGUUAGUCUUUCAUACUCGUCCAACUAAACAAAGGUAUUUUCCAACUUUCUUAGCUGGUGACGAAUUAUGUUUUUAACUCUGAUCUACUCAUCUGUGUCUACAGCUACUACCGUGCCGGAAAUAAACUCGUUGCAAAUUUGAGAACCCGGAUGUUUUUUCCAUAGUAAAUUUUGCCGUCGUGUACCCUGCUUCCAAAACUCCUUUCUUCUCUAUUCCUCGAUCAAAUGUGAGCCGCAAAAGGCGACACACGAAACGACGAGCAAGAAAACGACGUCUCGAGAGCAGAAAGAAGAAAGAAAACCUCUGGGACAAGGGUAGUCUCGUGCGCAGACGCUCUUAGGGCUCGCGGGGAAGAAGAUUGCGUGACGAGUCCCAAGAGCGUUCUUAAAACGUCACGCAAUGAUAGCUUAUCAUGACAUAUAGCCCAAAGCCGGUACCAUUGUGGGAUUUUAUUGGUGGCUCAUUGUACCGAUAUUUGCUUCAUGAUGAUUACACUAAAUUUAUAUUUAUUUGUUUAUUUAUUCACCUUACCAACCCCGUGAACAGACAACAAAUGGUUAGGGCUUAAGCCAUGCAACCGUCUCAAUGUCGCUUUCAUUUGUUAUCUGACCAUUCUCUUUGUAAUUCCCCCCUUAAAUUCGUACUCAUCAAGGCAGAGCGAAAACUCGCGCAUUGUAACUGGACAACAAGGUAGCUUUAUAUGUAUUCUUAAUUUGAUAAAGAACAAAGGAUAUUUUAGCCUAAAAAUUCCUUCACGUUUUAAAAAAAAAAACACCCUGAAGUUUGAAAAACAAAAGCCACUGAAAAAGAAAACAUAAAACGCCCGAAAAAAUUGUCUGGAAAAAGUUGGCAAGUUUCGGCUCCGUCCCUUCAGGUACGCUUCUCUCUAUCCCUCUCGAUUUUCUAACAGUAACUCAUAACAAUUAACCAUUAUAUCACCUAAUUCAUGUAAUAAACGCACAUUUGACUGUCCUACGCUAUGUUCCUCUAAAAUCAGGCUCUGUGAAUUGGCACCGUUUGUUUCUUGGUAAAUUGUAAAUAGACUUGUCUCUCUGUGUUGGCAUUUUCAAUGGAACUCAAAUUCGGCGCGUGAAAUGGAGAUUUU